AUGGCACCCUCACGCUCCGUCCUCAUCCUUGCUCUGCAGGUGCUUCUCCUGGCAGUCCUGACACAGAUGAGCAACCAGGUCUCAGCCCAGUUCGGACUCUCUGUCCCCUGCAACAACUGCCUGGUCGGACAAAUCUCUGCCUUGCCCACCUGUGUCGGCGUCAACCUGGGUAACCAGACCACACCAGAAUACAAGACCUGCCUUUGUGACGCGAGCUUCGAUUUUACAUGGACCAACGCUUGCACGACCAGUUGUCAGGCCAACGAGUUGACAACCUUCAAGAGCGGAUUCGCAGGCAACUUGUUGACAGGAUUGAACAUCACCUGUAUCAAGCCAACACCCUCCCCUACCCCUACCCCUGCGGCCACCACUACUGCUGAUACCAGCAAGCCUACCUCUCCUUCUGCAGGUGUUCAGUUGUCAAUUAGGCAGUCUACUGCAGUGUUGGGAUGGGCUGUGGCCCUUUCAACUGUCAUGGCAGUGCUUUCUGCCCUGUAA